AUGCCCUCUGCACCAGGAUCUGCGUCUGGUGUGGUGUUUGCCUCUGGUCCCCGUGGCGGGGCGCCACGAGCAAACGGGCACUGGGGCGCAGACAUGCUGGGUUGUCAGGAGGACUUCAUUACAGGGCCUCAGUGUCCACAGAUAACGCUGGCUGAACUGGGUCAAGGAGGACCGCUACCGUGGUCCUUGGUUACGACGUCACGGAGUGAGAGGCAGAUUUCAGACAAUGCCGUCGCGGAGGCAGCACACAAAGACCCAAGUUCACCACCAUCACAAUAUCAAGGCAGAAGAGUUGCCGUGCACCGUGUUAAACUCUGCCGGGAGUUACAGAAGUACGCACCAUCUACUCACACCGCCAAGCUUGCUAACACCACCAAACAGGAUCCUGACAACCAACAACGAGCCAUGAUCGCCAGAGAUACUUCAUCCUUCCGUGAGGAGGGGCGAAAGCUGGAAUUCCAGGAGCCGGCUGUUAUGAGGCUGGCUUGA